UUAUCCCAGAAAUAACAAGGUUAACUCGACCAGAUGGAUGGGUUGAGAUGGUAGAAGGUAGUGGUGAUUUUAUAUCUAAUGGAAACGCUACAAAGAGAAUUUCAGAAGCAGUCCAAAAUUUCCUGACGUCGAAGGGAAUGAACAAUAUAAUCGGGGAAGAGAUUCCGCGCCUUCUUGAAGACACAAACGCGUUUUCUGAAAUUAAAUAUAAAAAAAAAGAUAUAGUUUUAGGCAAGAAAGGUGGUAAAUCUGGAGAAGAGACUCUAAGAUUUACUACUAGUGCUUUCAGCUCUGUCAGAACCCUUUUAGCAGCCAAUAUGAAUAUAAUGCCCGAACAUUUUGACGCUCUUGUAGAAACAAUGACUAUUGAGGCGGAAAAAACUACUACUUAUAUGAAGCAAUAUCGAAUUUGUGGCCAUAAGAA